UCCUCUCUUUCCUUCUACGCUCCCGGGAAUCAUGGAGGCGCUUUCAGCUUGUUGCGUUCAAAUAUUGUAAAACAAGGUCUACCUAGGUAUAUUCUACUGUCCCGGUGUAACAUACUUAAAGAAAGGCUCAUCAUCCGGAAACUCUAGCUUCUGGCUAGUGACUCAGGGUAAAUGACCGAUCGAGAAAGCUCUCACAAAUCUUGGGCGACUUUCUAGAAAUUGGUUGACCGCGGAAACAUGGACAGUCAUACUUAGUCUAAAAACCAAAGAAACUGCAUUCAAAAGAGACGUGUUGCGCAAAUCUCGUCUUUGGGAUUGACUAUUUCAAAUACACCCAGACCUUUUGUCUUUCAUGAAUUCGAUACUCAUACAAGCACGUCAUAUUGAAUAUUUCAUUAAAAGUGUAUUGAUCUCGACAGGCUGAAAAAUUCGUUAAAGUAAAUGUCAAUGACCAACGAUGACUUAGUCGCGGGGACAUGCAUGAAUUCCGGCCGCCCUCGAGCAUGUAUUAUUAAGCCAAAAAGUGGCACUUCAAGCGCCAUGGUCGUGGUUGCUUAAAUAAAUGACUGAUCCGUCUGUCCGUUGGGUGGUCGGAUGGUUGGUGAGCCUGCGCUCGCUUCCUCUUUCCCUUUCCUACUGUGCCUCAAGUACGAAGUCUUCGGCCUUUUUUUCUGCGGUGAGUAGAGAAAUACAUGUACUUUUUCUUGCCAAACUUGGAUGAUGAAAAGACGCAACCAUCCAAGAUCCAAAUAUGGUGUGAAUUGAAAAGUUCUUGCAAUUUGUAAAACAAUCUUGCAAUGGAUUGAGCCAUGUCAUUCAUGUGCCUUAGUUCAUUAUUUGCCCUUCUGUUACCUAACAAUUGGUCACUUCUUCUGACUAAGAUCUCUAUGGACCAAGCCACCAAGUUCAUGAGAAAGAGAGCGGGAAAAAGCGAGAGGCAAGUGGGACCAAGGAGGGGGAAGGUGAGGGGGAACACAAAUUUGCCGGUUUCAUGCCGAGAAGACUACAUUCGAUUCGGGAUAGUUGAUUUCCAAGUGUUGGAAGAACAAGCUCACUUCGAUUACAAUCAUCAUUGAGAUAUCUGUCUUUGGUGACACGAGAAGAGUUGGUUGUUCAACAUGGUUUGCACUUUGACUUCGCUUUGCCAAAGCGUGUUAAUAUUGAUCUCCUUGGCCAAACUGGGCACUGCAUUACCCCGGCUUCGAAAAGCUCCUGAAGAAUGCCCGCUCCAGAACGGAAAUCUCUUGGAUACGAUCUUAUUCGUUCAAAGCUCCGAGGAAUGCGAGGAGAUGUGCUCCAACAGCGAGAAAUGCCUCUUCUUCUACUACUAUGCGGGCUCAGGUUCCAAUCAAGUUGAUGCCACGAAUCAACCAGCUCAAUGCUUUCUUUACGACCAAUGCAACCGGAAGGUCAUGAAGGCCACAAAUAUUUGCCCACUUAAUCGGGAAAAUACGGUGAAAGUUCAAGCCUUUGUAAGGCGAGAAAAGGAUUGCGAAAUAUCUUGCUCCAAUAACGAUCUCUGUGGGUACUACAAGCACUUUCCGGAGAAGGAUGAACAUCAAUCCAUGAUGUGCUAUCACCUUAAGAGCUGUUCUCCCCGUGUCAUCAAGAACCAGGAAUGCCCGUUGGAGAAAAACAACUACAUUGAUCACACAUUGUUCACAGACUCCACUGAGCAAUGUAAAAUCAAGUGCGAAGACACCCCUGGCUGUCGAUUCUAUUACUGGUAUCCCAUUGACUACAGUCCAGCCCCCAAAUACUGCUACCUCUUUCGAAGUUGCGAGGGUGGAGCUGCUGAGCCUCACGUGGCAAUGGUGGCCGUCGGCAGGCAUCCCGGUCAUUACUUUCUAGGAUCCAAGGAAGCCGAAUCCAUUGACAUUGUUCGCCACAGCACGGUCUGCGGAGAGGCUGUGCCCGCAAAUGCAACCGAGGUUGGUAGAGCAGCCGCCGUGUCCGAGUUCGUCAACCGACAGGUAUUGAUUUGCGGCGGGAAAGAUCAUCGAGGUCAAAUCCGAUCGGAUUGUCUUGCCUACGAUCCCAAGACCCAUGCGUGGAGUGACCACAGCAACUUAAACGAGGCGAGAGAGGAGGCUGCGAGCGUUCGACUGGGUCAGACUAUGUACAUUCUGGGUGGGUUUGUCAAUGGUUCCCGCAUGGCUGGAUCCGAGAAGUUGGCCAAAGGUGAUGGCAACGUGUGGUCCACCGGACCAGCUUUGCCCGAGCCCAGGUCUCGAUUCUGUGCUGUACGCUUAAGCAAGACCAUGUUUGCCGUGAUUGGGGGUGACACCGAGGAAGUUGCGGCCACAUCUGACAUGAAAACGUUCGACGUCGAGACCAACGAAUUCGUCACCCAACCAAGUAUGACUCAAGCGCGAAAAGACCAUGCCUGUCUGGUUGUGGAGAUCAACGACAAGAAAGGAAUCGUGGUGACCGGGGGUGUGGAUGAAAACGACAAUCUGUUGAAAUCGGCCGAGUGGUAUUCCUUGGAGGAAGAAACUUGGACUAGCCUCUCUCCCAUGACUAUCGGAAGGACCGAGCACGGCAUGGCCUUGAUUGGUGGACGAGCCACUGUCAUUGGUGGUGUUUCCGACGAUGAGUUCCUCUCAUCCAUUGAGGUCUUGGACAACUCGGCCGAUGCAGAGUCUCCCUUGGGAAUGGACUUUGGAUCCGUGGCCCACGGCUUGACCCGACCAAGAUAUGAUUUUGUCGUGACGGAGGUGCCUUUGUCAGCUUUGGCCGCCAACGAGCGCAAUCUGGCUUUGUGCCACGAUGACGCUGUGCUGACCAGCGCAUUCAUCAAAUGAUCUGCCAAAUUU